UUUCUAUUUUUCCCUCUCAAAAACUAAUUUGCCCCCUCUUUCUUCCGCCGGAAUCACAACCGUUGAUUCUUUCUUGGCCAAUAACGUCCGUUGAUCUUGCCGUAAACCGAAGAAAGAAUAAAAAUGGUGUGGUAAGGAAGGUUCUGGAGAGAGAGAGAGAGAGAGGAAUGCCGUCGGCGGCGAGGACUCAUCAAGUAUUGGAGAUCAACUUGAUCUCCGCGCAGGGCCUGAAGCCGCCUUCAUCUCCACGGCGGAGGCUUCAAACCUACGCCGUCACUUGGAUCGACCCCGCCACCAAGCUCCGAACACGCGUCGACAAGCUCGGCGGCCACAACCCUACCUGGAACGAUAAGUUCCUCUUCCGAGUUACGCCGGAUUUUCUCGCCGGCGACACCUCCAGUGUCUGCGUCGCCAUCUACGCUGUCGGCACCUUCCGCGACCACCUCGUCGGCACCGUACGCUUCCUCAUCAGCAAUAUGUUCUCCCCCGACGCCGACUACGCAACGCCGUGCUUCAGCGCUUUCCAGAUCCGGCGCCCGUCGGGGAGGUUCCACGGCGUCAUGAAUAUCGGCGCCAUGGUGAUGGACAGCUCCGGCUUCCCCGCGCUGGAGAAGAUCUCGGCGAUCGGGUACCGCGACCUCAUGGGAGAGAAGAUACACCAGCGCCGGAGAAAGACGCCGGAGGAGAAAUCGAAGGAAACGAAGGAGGAGGAAGUUCUGUCGAGCGAAUCUUGGGAGAAUUCUUGCACGGAGGAGGGGGAAGGGGAGUCUUCGACGGCGUCAUCUUCGUCGUCGCCGAGAACGACGGCGUUGAAGGAUUGGAACGGAGUGAAGGAAUUGGCGGGAAAUAAAGGGUUGGCAAUGUCGGCUUCGGGAUUCUUGUGCUGUUUGGUGACUCAAAGAAGUGUUCACCAACAACUCACUCCAACCAAUCACACUGUAGAAAGGUAAAUGAUAAUAUACGUGCCAACUAGUUCCCGCUCCUGUUACUGCUAGUGUCAUCGACGGUGGAGAUUCUCGUAGCCAUUCCAACGGUGGAGAUCGCUCCUCACUAAUUCUUCUCCCUCUCUCUGUUUGUGUUUCUUUUUUUUUUUACCUGUUCUUCUUACCCUUUGUCAUUUUUCAUCUCAGACCCCCUCUGUUGAUGUGUAGUAUCCUCUACUCCCUUUGUCAAUUUGAACUUUCAAAAAUACGUAAAAUCUAGAAGGAAAAAUUAUAUUC